GUAUAUUCAUAAUUUUAAUGACACAGUUUAUCGAUGAGAUGUAGUAAAACUAACGUGGUAAAUAUUACGAUUGCGAAUCGAUAAUCAAAUGUUCAUCUGUGUGUUAGCUAGCCUCAUUGUUUUGACAUAUAAUCGUCCUUAUAGUGUUGGCGCUAACUGGUUUAUCAACCCUAAGUUUUCGAUGGAAGUUGUCCAAAGUUUUAAAUACUGUCGGACAUUUUGAGUCUGAUGAUUGGUGUAGAUAUUAGCUACGGGAACUAGAGCACGUAGAUCUGAAUCUGAACCCUGAUAAUAGGAUCAUUUUUGACUUCUAUACUUCUGUAGUAGAUACAAAAUUUAUGCAGCGAACACAGAAUAUACGAAAACUAAGUGCUGAAGCAUUAAAUACGAUAGUCGGUAUUAUUGCAGUAGGUAAAAUAACGGAAAGUCACGAAUAUUUAAGUAAGUACGAGCGACAAUAAUGUUCUUCAAGAUUCUUAUUUGUACCACUCUAACAGGACAGCAACUCGGAAAAAGGCAUUGAUACGCUGUCUUCCACUGUGUAUAACAAAGAAUGAUCGGAAAGUUUUGUGACUAGAACUACUGAAAAGACUAGCCGACUAUUCGCAAAAAUCUUAGUACGCAUAUUUCCAGAAACAACAUAAUUAAAGGAGACGCUUAUAAAACUGUCGGUAAGCCUACAAUCAAUAAAAACUUCAUGCGAUCGAAGGACCAAUGAGUAAAAUCUUUAUUUUAUGAAAAUAUUAUCUACUUUUUCAUAACACGUAUUCACGCACAAUAUAUUGAUAAUAACGGACUUUUUGGUGAAUAGUCGAGUUUUUUUACUCCAAUUAUCUGAGAAAAUUAUUUUUAAAAAUGUUUUUCUUGCAAUUAAACACCAUAUUCACUGUAGAUGUUUAAGUGGAUUUAGAUCAAUCAAUUAACAUCACAUCUGCGAUCCGACGAUUGGUAUUUUACUCAUUUCUAAUGGGAGUUCCUGGCUUAUGGCGUUUGUUAGAGCCGGCAAGAGAGCCCAUAGAAUUACAGCAGCUAUCUGGGAAAAUUAUAGCAAUAGUAGGCUUAACUUACCUUCAAAGUCCUCUAUCUGACGUUUUAUUGUUAGUAACCGAAUAAAUUGUUAUUUUAUUGUCCUUAAAACUGUCUUUAUUGACCAGUAGUUUCUUCAAGCCUGUCAUCAUAAUAAACUAUUAUGCAUGAGUAACGGUCUUUGUUUUCUUCUUUAGGUAGUCUUGGAGAAGUAAAUUCAGCCAUUUGUAUCCCAAUUUAUACACGUUCCUAUUGUGUUUGACUUUGCUCUCCCGUCCAACUUCUAAGGGCAUAUCGUAUCCAAUUUUGUCUUAUCCUGUGUACUCAGUGACCAGUUUGUCUAAUACAAAACUGUAAAAUGUGCUCCAAAAAGACGACCGAUUAGAACUAAUUACAGUGACGUCUGCCUUUGACAAAUGAUAAAUCCAAAAUGCAUCUUGCAAGUUCCAUUAGAAUCUUGAGUCAAUAAAAUCGUUUUUAUGUGCAUAGCCAAACAAUUACAUAUUUUUCACAACCUUCAAAUGCAGUGAGGAAUGAUAAAACUGAUAUUCGUCUGUCAACAUGAUACUCAAUAUUAGACGUAUUGCCAUUAGCCACUUUUUAGGAGUUAAUAGACGACUGUCUUAACUUAAAGAGUCUACGUAGUUUUGAGUAAAUUGAUCUGUUACUUAUGCUUCUCCAGUUUUUGAAGGAAGAUAGUUAUAAUAAACAUGUCUGUUAUACUGAUGGUAUUUAUUAUCGUCUAUUGGGAUAUCUUGUUGCUGUUCAAAUAUUUACUGUCAAAAGUGUAAUUUAGUGUCAAGUAAUAUAUGCCAAAAAUCACAGGUUCUUGUGCCAACGUUUGAAGAAAUAUCAGUUGAAAUGACAAGAAAUAUUAUCUGGUAACGACGCUUACAGUCACUACUUUUGUCGAAUACCUUUAAAGACGUUAUAUCAGGGGUGGGUCUGUCCAUUUUUAGGUUCACAGUCUCUUAGUAUCCAAACGAGCUCUCAUGUCAAACUUCGCCUUCGCACCAACGAAGCGAUCCGAAACCGUUUUAUAACUCCCAUGUCAAACAGCCUUGGUUCCUAGAUUCCUCAGCUUUGUUUCCAUUGAUACGCGGGUCUCCUAUCAUCCUUGAUAUUAGAAAAGAAACAGUAUCAGUAGUUUCGUUAUUUUUAGUUAUUUAUUACUCCUCUGUACCUCUUCAGUUGUUUAUAAUGCACAAUUGUAUUCUUCAACUUCUCCCCUUCUUCCAUGAUUUAGCAAUGGUUGUUCGUAAUGUGUAGUUUUAUGACAAAGGACCCAACUAACUCAUUUUUACACUUACUCCCUCAUCAACCUGAAAACUUCAGGCACUUAAGCUAAACUUUAUCACCAAUCCAAAGGGUCACUCCAACUCUUGCAAUUGUAGUGCAAUUUCUGAUCAAUGAAACAAAAAGCCUACAUCCUUUUAUUGUCACCCUAACCGAUGAAUACAUCUAAAGUUGUACACCUGUCAUUGUGUUCCCCUCACACAAGCCGAAUGAUUUGUCUGGCGCAUAUCUAUAUGGUGCCUCCUUGUACCAAUGUUUAUGUGUUUAAAUAAAUUUGUGAUAAAGCAGCAACAAUGUCUAUUUCGCUGUUUAGAAUGUUCUUACCAGAGUUUGGUGACGUUUCUGUGGACGGCUGUUUUAAAGUUCAAAGUUAAGAGGUUAUCUCAAUGAUUAUCUUUUUGGAACUUAACAACUGUCAACCUCACUCCAGUGUGUAUACACGAUGUUCAUCUAAUGUUCUAUGAUUGAUACUGUGGAUUUAAGUAGCCUAUAAAUAUAUUUAAAUAACUAUUAUAUUGUCAAAAAUUUCUCCGUUUCCAAAUAAUCUUCCUUGCUACUUGAAAUUAUGAUUGACUGUUUUUGAGUCAUCCAGCUUCAGUAAACAGGUAUUUUAAAAUAGUUAUUUACUUUGAUAUGUUACUUUAUUAUGGUAUUCACCGUAGAUAUGAACAUCUGGUUGCAUCAAGCUGUGAAAUCUCGGGGCGCAGCAGGUGGUCCUCGUAACUAUUUGGCUAUAUUUUUUCGUCGUUUAUGCAAAUUACUUUUCUUUGGAAUCAAACCAGUAUUUGUAUUCGAUGGUGAUACUCCAGCACUGAAACGAUCAACUAUGAAUUCAAGACGUCAGUUGCGUAGUCUAACCGAAGCAAAAGCAGAAAAAGCCCAAAAACAUCUUCUUCGUCGACUUUUACGUCGUGUUGCAGAAUCCUCUGUAAAAUCACUGUCAACGUCACCGGAUAAAGUAGAAUAUUUUGAGGAUACUGGUUAGUUAAAGCUACAUUAUUUAAUUAAGCCAAAAAGUAUUUGUUGUGUAUAAGAUAAAAUAUUAUGACUGAAUCAUUAUUAUAAGUUAAUGUGAAAUUUUGUCACAUCUUCGAGCAGAAAUGAUUGGUUUUGGCUUUUUAGUAUUCUGUGAAGUGGAUAUUUUAACUGGAAAACUUUUCUUGUCAUUCCAAAUAGCAUCCAUCAUCAGAUACUCCAUGUAAAAGUAAACAUUCUAAUUGUUCGACAAGCAUCAAACCAGUCUAUUCUGAUGAGUUUGUUUGUAACUGAUUAUCGAUAGAGAAUUUACCUUCAUUUAUCUCUGCAUUCCUGCUGACUAUCGAUGGGCCUCUGACUACGUAGUAGUUUAAUCCAUCCACAUAAUUUUGAAUCCAUUCAGAGGAAAUUUUUGUCAACAACGUAGGCUAAUUUUCUGCCUCCGAGUUAGAUACAAAAAUGUAUAAUAGUUGAAUAAUAUUAUGUGAAUGCUGUGAACAAAAUCAGUUGAGAAGUCAGUCAGUCAUGUACAACGUAGAACAUGGCACAUUAAUGCGUCGCUUCGAGUCACCACACUACCUUAGAAGAGCGAGAUGAAAUUAUCAAGACAAAUAUCAGGGUGUUUGAGUUAGUAACAGUAUAAGGAGCAGUAGACAAGAUUAGGCAUAGAAUAUAUGAUUCGAGAAGAAAGAAUAGAUCCAUAGGAUGAAAUGUGUAAGGUAAUUAUAAACCUCAGAAUCCAAAGUAUAACAUAGUGAAUUCAUCUGCAUCAUUGAGACGGAUUCUGAGCCACAUCACUCAACGCUUUCAGCUACUGGUUAUGAUAAUCAAAUGGUCCCCAUCUAGGUAGUCUAAAUCGACCAACAAAGUUCAGUCCAGUGGUCAGAGACUUCAUGGACUGAUGCCACGUCUUGGUCUGGCCACCCCUAACCUUCGUACAACCUCGUACACCAGACGACAGCGCAGGUCGAGAUUAGAGGUGGUUGGGUAUAUGUAUUAUGUAUACCCAACUACCUCAUUCUAUGAAUAUUCACCACCUCAUCUACAGGUUUCCUAUCUUUAACUAGUACUGUCUGUCUAACUUUGCUAUUUCUUAUUCGGUAGUUCGAACAUACUCAAGUAAUUCUCCGAAGGAUUCUGUAAUCAAAUACUAGUAACCUAUGAAUAUCCUCCAUUUUAAAUAUCAUGUUUCACAGACACAACAGAACAACUCAAACUGCUGCUCGGUAUACUCAUUUACUGGCUAACAGACGAACGUUUUGUUUGUGCCACAUGUCAAGUAUGUUUGGAUGAUCCAACUGAUAUUUUUGAAUUCGUGCGCAGAUUUCUUGUUUGUUCCCAAGUUUUUAGUUAACUUGAAAGCUCAUUUAUUUAUGUGAUUUGUACCAUAGACCUAAGGUCCUGAGUUCGAUCUCUGGUGAUGGGUUCAUGGAUGUAUACUGUUGGGGAUUCUCAUACUGAAACAGAACAGGUUUUCAAUAGUGAUCUAACUAAAGUCAGUUCAUGAUUUAAUGUAUGGAAAUAUGUACACCUAUCUUUUGCUAGUAAACUUUCUACCUCUGCUUAUUUACAGCGAAAAAUGAACUAUUAAGACGAUUGAGACAACAGUCAGACUCGCAUCAAGCUAAAGAAGAUGCUAAGAUGUUCUCAGCUCCAAAUCAUGACUCAACGUAAGUAUCGUUUUUGUAUACCAGCGAUUGUAGGUUUAUGAACCUAUCAUAAAUAUAAAAAGUAUUUUUAAGAGUUCACUCGCUGUAAUAAAACAUUCUUUUGUGUGCAAAAUUAAUGAAAUCUCACUGGACACAUAGAAAUGAAUGUAAUGUGGCAGACUCAUAGUAAAAAUUUUAGGAUGAUUGUCUGCUUAGUCAGACAUAUAGAUAGUCUGACAGGUGUCAGAUGAGUUAUAUAUUCCCCUAUCCUUAUUAUUAUUGAGACACUCACUUAUUAUUGAUUGUUCAUUGUUGUUGGAUUGUGUUGGGUUUCUGGAAUGGAAAUAUACUUACGUUGUGGUCAGGUUAAUCACAUGUUCUUGAUCUGAGUUGUGUUGAAGCCCUGUAGAAUGGACACUGGGAGGGAAUCUAGUGUAGAUAUUCGUCUAAGGUAAAUUAGCGUCCCAUACGUGUGUACAAAGUAAAACCGAGCGUUAUAACAUAAACAAGCCGUGACCAGUGUUCGACUGUUUCGUAUGUGAAAAACUGCCCAUCAAAGACGAAGGGAGAUGGUCGUGGAAUCUCAUGGAUUUAUUGGAACUAGACUUGUACAUCGUCGGAUCCCAGCCUGGUGGUCUAGAAGUUAAGCAUUCACACGCGAAAUCAGGGGCCUUGGGUUCGAGUCCUGGUUUCAUGAUCGCGGAUUCAUACUGCUGAGGAGUCCCAUACUACAACAAGACGACCGUCCAGUGCUUCCAUGGUUUCCAAUAGUUGUCUAACGUAGAUCGGUUUGUGAUCUCAAUGAAAUUUAACAAUUUCUGCAAUCCCCAUACUGAUAAUAAAUUCCUUUAAUUUCACUUACUUUUCGUGAUCAUUGAUCUGAAAUUUUUAAGAGGCGCGUUUGUUGAUAAUAUGACUUGUUAUUAUUUUUCGCAAGUAGUUGGUUCGUUUCGUGCAUGUGACAUCAAAAUAUUUUUCACUGCUGAUGCGGUUCUGAGAUGACUUAUCGUGCUUUAGGUACCAUGGAUAUUUUGCAACUCUUUAGAUAUGGAAAUUUAUUUAAUGUGACUGGUUGCUUUUAGACACACUGGCGCACACAAAUACUCCUUUACUAAAAUGUCGAAAAACAUUUUAGGAGAAUCGCAAGUAAGCUACUUCAGAAUAGGUGGCAAUGAUCCUUUAAUUAAGUUAAGCAAUGAUAAAUGAGUGAGGAAUUAACCACUAAGGUCGCCUUCACUAUCCUGUUAUCUAAUACAAAAAUCGAG